GAGAGUGGAUGAGUGGAUCACGACGCUGCGCGAUUGUUGACAUUUUGUCUUAGAUGCCAAUGUAAAUCCGAUUGACCCUGUCUCUCCACCCGGGAGCUUGUGACGAUUGCUUCGAUUUGUUAGAUUGGUAGUCAUCUUCUGAUCCAUUCCGUGUGACCAUGAGUUCACCACUAUCUAUGAGCAACGCUGGACCACCGACUACUGCCACUGGUAUGGAGACAGUUGUGGCGGUCGCCCUGGGUGCACUCGCCGCUGUCUUCCUCGGUGCCCUUCUAGUACUCCUGGUUAUCUGUCGCAGACAACGCUGCUAUUACAAUCAAAAGGAUUCCGCGGAGCUGAGCUCUGAUCUACUCGAGGGAGAGAACAUCACUGGCUUGGGAUUAGAUGUGUGGGAGAGCGAAGAGUGGUUGGCGGGUGCUGAAAGGUGGGUUGACGAUGCCACUGGUUUAGCUCCACCUUGUAUAGCAGUGCUCCGAUCUUGUCAUUCUUUAGCAGCUAGUCUUACCACUAUCGCUGGAACUGUCAACAGUAAUACUGUCCCGCUAGAGAUAGUGGAUGUUGCCCGACGUAUACCACCUCGUGUAGAUGACGUUGUUCGCAGUUUGUAUCCUCCUUUAGACGCUAGAUUAUUGGAAGCUAGGGUAGCAGCUCUAGUGUUGGCUGUAACCCAUUUGGCAUUGGUAACCAAGCACGGCGUGCCUAAGAACCAAGCCAGAAAACUGGCAUUCAUUGAUCAAGCCCUAAACGACAUGGACACUCAUCUGUUGGUGCUGAGAAAUGCAGCGUUGGCUCAGGAAGUAGCCUGCUCUAUCCCAGCCUCUACGCCAGUUUAAAUAUAUGUCGAUUGAUUUCGCGAUGAAAUCAAAUCUUUGUCGCUACAGUAUUUUUAAUAAUCGGAUUAUUAUUAGUUUUUCGAGAUCUUUUUAUCAUACGAUUGCAACGAAAGUUGUACAUGAUAUGGCCGCUAGAUUUGUAAAUAUAGCGUACACGUUCAGUAAAUUCAAGCCAUGCACCAGAUGGCAAUUACGCGAAAAUGGAUUAUCGCUGAUCUCAAGGCACAAAAUGAACAAAGUUCAAGAUUACUGAUGGGGGAAAAACUCGUCAAUAUUUUAUGUCAAUUAUCGUUGCUAUAAAAAGAUGCAUAUAAAUAUAUAUUAGGUAUAUAUACACACGUCGAAAGUAUU